AUGGUUAUUACAUCAAUAGAAUUGCAGAGGGGGUGGAAAAGACGAUAUGUAAGGGGUGAAGUACGAGUGUUUGUAAGGGGUGAAGAACAAGUGUUUGUAAGGGCUGAAGAACAAGUGUUUGUAAGGAGUGAACACAAAGUGUUUGUAAGGGGCGAAGAACAAGUGUUUGUAAGGGGUGAAGAACAAGUGUUGGUAAGGGGUGAAGAACAAGUGUUUGUAAGGGGUGAAGAACAAGUGUUUGUAUGGGACGAAGAACAAGUGUGUGUAAGGGGCGAAGAACAAGUGUUUGUAAGGGGUGAAGAACAAGUGUUUGUAAGGGGUGAAGAACAAGUGUUUGUAAGGGGUGAAGAACAAGUGUUUGUAUGGGACGAAGAACAAGUGUGUGUAAGGGGCGAAGAACAAGUGUUUGUAAGGGGUGAAGAACAAGUGUUUGUAAGGGGCGAAGAACAAGUGUUUGUAAGGGGCGAAGAACAAGUGUGUGUAAGGGCUGAAGAACAAGUGUUUGUAAGGGGUGAAGAACAAGUGUUUGUAAGGGCUGAAGAACAAGUGUUUGUAAGGGCUGAAGAACAAGUGUUUGUAAGGGGUGAAGAACAAGUGUUUGUAUGGGACGAAGAACAAGUGUGUGUAAGGGGCGAAGAACAAGUGUUUGUAAGGGGUGAAGAACAAGUGUUUGUAAGGGGUGAAGAACAAGUGUUUGUAAGGGGUGAAGAACAAGUGUUUGUAUGGGACGAAGAACAAGUGUGUGUAAGGGGCGAAGAACAAGUGUUUGUAAGGGGUGAAGAACAAGUGUUUGUAAGGGGCGAAGAACAAGUGUUUGUAAGGGGCGAAGAACAAGUGUGUGUAAGGGCUGAAGAACAAGUGUUUGUAAGGGGUGAAGAACAAGUGUUUGUAAGGGCUGAAGAACAAGUGUUUGUAAGGGCUGAAGAACAAGUGUUUGUAAGGGGUGAAGAACAAGUGUUUGUAUGGGACGAAGAACAAGUGUGUGUAAGGGGCGAAGAACAAGUGUUUGUAAGGGAUGAAGAACAAGUGUUUGUAAGGGGCGAAGAACAAGUGUUUGUAACGGGCGAAGAACAAGUGUGUGUAAGGGGUGAAGAACGAGUGUUUGUAAGGAGUGAAGAACAAGUGUUUGGAAGGGGUGAAGUACGAGUGUGUGUAAGGGGUGAAGAACAAGUGUUUGUAAGGGGUGAAGAACAAGUGUGUGUAAGGGGUGAAGAACAAGUGUGUGUAAGGGGUGAAGAACAAGUGUGUGUAAGGGGUGAAGAACAAAUGUUUGUAAGGAGUGAAGAACAAGUGUAUGUAAGGGGUGAAGGACAAGUGUGUGUAAGGGGUGAAGAACAGGUGUGUGUAAGGGGUGAAGAACAAGUCUGGUAA